ACCGCGGCGGGCCAGCGGGGAGGCGGCCGGGUGGGGAUCCGCAGGCCUCCCCGGGCGCGCGCGUCCCCCCCUCGGCGGCGCGCACGGGGCUCGGGCGGCGGCGGCGGCGGCAGCAGCAGGUGGAGCCGAAGCCUCCGCAGCAGCCGAGCCGCGGCCACCGCCGGCGUCGCCGCCAUUAGACAAUAGGAGCGGCGGCCGGGCGCGCGGCGGGCGGGGCGCAGGGCCCGGCGCGCAGGAAGCGGGGCCCGGGGCGCGCCGGGCCGGGCGCGGGAGGGGCGCAGGAAGCGGGCGAGGCCGGGCGCGGGAGGCGGCGGCGGCGGCCCGGGAGCUGCCGAUCGGCGCCGGGACAAAGGCGCGGCCGCCCGGCGCCCCGAGCAGCCCGAGCCGGGGCGCAAAGCCGGGGCGCAGCCCGCGCCCCCCGCCGCGACUGACAUGAUGUUUCCACAAAGCAGGCAUUCGGGCUCGUCACAUCUUCCCCAGCAGCUCAAAUUCACCACCUCUGACUCCUGCGACCGCAUCAAAGACGAGUUCCAGCUGCUGCAGGCGCAGUACCACAGCCUAAAGCUCGAAUGUGACAAGCUGGCCAGCGAGAAGUCUGAGAUGCAGCGCCACUACGUCAUGUACUACGAGAUGUCCUACGGCUUAAAUAUCGAGAUGCACAAGCAGGCUGAAAUCGUGAAGAGGCUGAACGGAAUCUGUGCCCAGGUCCUUCCCUACCUGUCCCAGGAGCACCAGCAGCAGGUUUUGGGAGCCAUUGAGAGGGCCAAGCAGGUCACAGCUCCGGAGCUGAACUCUAUCAUCCGACAGCAGCUCCAGGCCCACCAGCUGUCCCAGCUCCAGGCUCUGGCCCUGCCACUGACACCCCUGCCUGUGGGGCUGCAGCCACCUUCGCUGCCCGCGGUGAGCGCUGGCACUGGGCUGCUGUCACUAUCAGCACUGGGCUCCCAGGCCCACCUCUCCAAAGAGGACAAGAAUGGGCACGAUGGGGACACCCACCAGGAAGAUGAUGGCGAGAAGUCUGACUAGCAGGCGGGUCCGGGAUGGGGAGGGUGGGAGGGGACAACAGGGAGACUGAGGCACAGAGGGAGUAAGCAAUGCCCAGCGCACCAGACAUGGCAUAGCUCCAGAUUGGCUAAACUCGGGUAGUUUUUAUGGUCGCUGCUGUUGCGUGCCACCCCCUAGCUUUACUCCCAACCCCCUCUUCCUCCCAACUCCCGGCCUCCCUUUUCCUUCCCUGCAGCCCAGACAGGUGAACCCCAUGAGCACCUGCCCAGGUGAGGCCAGUCAAGGGCUGGAGAGUUCAAGGGAGACCAGCUCCAAGGGGGAGCAAAACAAAUCUUACACCCCUGGCACUUCCCUGUUCUGCUCACAUGUGUAACUGACAGUUGUAGCCAGGCCCGGGGGCACGAAACAAAGCCACCCAACCUGGCACUGCAUGCACACAACGCUAGCUCCCCUCCGCCCCCCAGAUACCCCAAAUCUGCCCCCGGACCCCUCUGCUCUCUCCUCCACCUUUCACCCCCAUCACUUGUCCCGCCAGCUCCAGACACUGCCCCCAGCCCACCUGGUCCUCUCCCAAAAGGGAGCAGAGGGAGGCAGUGAGCGGGCCUACAGGCUGGGGGUGGGCACCCCACAAUUUCCCUUACCCCUUCCCCAAUAAAGAUGAGGGUUCUGAAGUCGUCUCCGUUUUUAUUUUAUUAUUUUUCUUUUUUCCAGUAUACUAGCUCGUCUUUUAAGAAAGGGAGUAUUAAGAAAAAAAAGACAGACAGAAAAAUGUUUAAAAAAACAACGUAACACCCACACCUGUGUCUGUAUAUAGUCAGCUUCUGUUGUGUUCUGUCUUUGAUCUCUGCAGAGAAGUGGAAGAUGCUGUGUUGAGGGGGGGCUUAGCUGUGCCUUUCAAAUAAAAUGUGACAAG